GUAGGCAGGCUAACAGGUUGUGCAAGAGGUGAGGGAGUAAACACCGCCCAUCAGGUGUGUGUGCGCGCGCGGAGUGACUCACGUCUCCAGCAGAUAGUUUCUCCCUACAGUCUCAUUAAACCCCGACAGUCUGCGGCGACAUUCGCGUUCAUGAAGGCUCUUUGACGGAGGAAUUAAUCCGCCGGAGUCGAGGCAGUAUCAAUGUUUUAUCCCAUGUAUCGGAUAUGGCCUCUGCUUCUUCUGGGAGGAUUCGUGGGGCCAGGUGUGCGACAUGUCAGCGGAAUAGAAAUUUACACGGCGAAAGAGGUGGAAGUAGUCAACGGGACGAAUGUGAAACUGAAGUGCACCUUCACUACCACUCAGCCAGUGUCGACCAAGACCGUCACGGUGUCCUGGAAUUUCAGGUCCAUAAAUUCCGCAACGGAUGAGUCGGUGUUUUACUACCAGGAGGCACCAUACCCUCCAAUGACCGGACGUUUCAAAGGCCACGCGGUGUGGUCGGGAGAUAUUAUGAGACAGGACGUUUCCAUCACGCUGCAUGAGGUGCCUCCGACCUUCAAUGGCACCUACAGCUGCCAGGUGCGCAACCCUCCAGAUGUUCAGGGCAGCAAUGCAGAGAUCAUCCUCAAAGUUGUCGACAAAGCUUCCUUCUCUGACAUCGCCAUCCUGGCAGCGGCAGUUGGAGGCGCAUGUGGUGUAAUCCUGAUCCUCCUCGGUAUCUUCGUGACGGUGAGGUAUUGCAGGGGAAAGAACACGAGCACGGACAUUGAGAUGCACCCGCAGGAACGCGUGUGGAAGGACCCGACCGUGUGUUCCCCUGAAGAGGCCGCUCAUCUGAUGGUUAGGACAAAGAAAGAUUCUGUAAGUUCAGAUGAUGAAGCGUCUGAACCCAGCAGUGGAGAUGAUGAAGAAGAGGACGGCCUGGAGGAGGAUGAUGACGACGACGAUGAUGAUGACGACGACGACGAUGAUGACGACGACGGCGGCGGUGGUGGUGGUGAUGGUGGUGGUGGUGGUGAUGAUUAAAUGGACACACUCGAUUAAUUAGAAUGGCCUUUCCCAUUUUUUAAGUCGUCUUUUUGCUAUUCACAGCCGGGAUUUUGAUAUUUUGCUGACGUGUAAUUUAUAGUGCUUUUAGAGGACUUAGUUUUUUAUGGUCACUGAAUUACAGCGUGCAUUUCUAUACAUGCCAGCAGUUUGCCUAGCAGCUCAUGUCGCCUCCAGCUUCUAGCCUCAAGGAGGAGCGGGCUACUGAGAACUCGUGGUUCUGGUCUUGACCGUCUAACUCCGCACUUACAGAUUUCUUUCAUUUUCAAACUUGUAGUCUUCAGACCCAAGCGAUGCUGACUCACGUGACAUCAUGUGAGGCAGUAUCAGACUCGACACAAAAGGCUUCACAGAACCGUGUUUUAAUAUACAUAUGCAGUGUUUCUCCCCAACCCCUGUAAACAGACGUGUCUCAUCCAAUGGUGUUCCCCUUUCACGUCUGUGUUUUAUGGAUGUGUAUUGAUGGAGAGUCUGUUGUACAUGACUGCUUUAACUUUGCUUCUUUGUGCUAAUUUGAAUGCAGCUGCUGCUGAAAAGCUAUUGUUUUGAAAUCAAAUGAAUGUUCAUGUCAAAUGGAUGAACUAGAUUUUGUUUUUUAAGAGAGGAGGCGGUUUAAUUUGGCUCAUUGCUACAAACACCCCAUAAUAGUGCAGGUAGUGUUUGUUCAAGACGUUGCCAGAUGUUUCUCCCAUUCAUUUUGAAAAGAAUCAGCCGAGAGCACACAAACCAAGCUUUUAGAAAGAAGUGUGUUUUUGCAGAGGGUUUUGAAUGCUGCUGGAAUAACAGAAUAAUCGUUGCCAUCAUUUAAUAUACCUUAUGAGUGAUCAACAAAGCACUGCGUUUACUACAUUGACAACAUUGCACAAUAGAUUUUGUAUUUAGUUAUUGUACAUAGUGUCACGUAAGCAGGAAUUCUUUAACUUUUUUAAAGUCCUGAAAUGUUGUUUAUAUUUUUCUCUGUUGAACAACUCUUGAAUAAAGACCCGUUUCUGAAAUUAUUAAA